AUGCCUGAAAGAACAACUAAGAAGCCCAAGGUGACGGCGCUUUGCGAGCUAUGUCACGGGCGUAAAGCGGUAAUGAAGAGACCAAAAAAUCUCCAAAGGUUGUGCAAGGAGUGCUUUUUCUUGGUGUUCGAGACGGAAAUCCACAACACCAUCACGGGAGCCAAUCUCUUUAGUCCAGGUGAGCUGGUCGCUAUUGGUGCUUCGGGCGGAAAGGACUCUACUGUGCUUGCUUCCGUUUUGAAGACGUUGAAUGAAAGAUACAACUACGGCGUGAAGCUUGUUUUGCUAUCUAUAGAUGAAGGUAUCAAGGGAUACAGGGAUGAUUCUCUCGCGACAGUGAAACGGAAUAAAGACCAGUAUGAUAUGGAUUUAGAAAUCGUCUCAUAUAAGGAUCUAUAUCUGUGGCUGAUGGACGAGAUCGUGGCUUGUGCUGGUAUGAGAAACAGCUGCACUUACUGUGGAGUGCUCAGACGACAGGCGUUGGACAGAGGCGCUGCCCAGUUAGGAAUAUCGCAUGUUGUUACGGGCCAUAAUGCUGAUGAUAUGGCCGAGACGGUGCUCAUGAAUAUUCUAAGAGGCGACACCGCGAGGUUGGAGAACUCUACAUCUAUAAUGACACAGUCAUCGGGGCUGCCGAUCAAAAGGUCAAAGCCGUUCAAGUACUCUUACCAGAAAGAAAUCGUGCUCUACGCACAUUACAAAAAAUUGGACUAUUUCUCGACUGAGUGCUCAUAUGCUCCAGAGGCAUUCAGGGGCACCGCCAGAGAGCUUCUCAAGUCUUUAGAAGCCAUACGCCCCUCGUGCAUCAUGGACAUCAUCUACAGUGGAGAGCACUUGGCAUUAGCUCCCAAGAAAAAGAAAAAGACGGUUGCUUACAAGAAUAAGAAGCCUGCUGAGCAGGAGAUCAAUCCUGAUGGUUCAGUCAACAUAAAAAAGAAGACUGAUGGGAACACCUGCGAGAAAUGUGGGUACAUCACUUCUAAUAAAAUUUGCAAGGCUUGUGUAUUGCUAGCAGGUUUGGAAAGUAGUAGGGCUAAGGUUAGCAUUGAUGAUGGUGUCCAGGAUGGGCCUGCAAAGCUUACUAAAACCUUAGAGCAGUUGACUUUCUAA